AUGGCAUCACAUCAAGAAGUUAGGAGCAAGGAACAGAAGGCGGAGACCGCUGCAAGGGCUGCCGCCGACGAGCUAAGGGACGUCAAUCGUCAGAGACAGGUUGGUGGCGGCGGCGGCGAUGCUGUAGUGGUUGAACGCCGUGAACAGAUACAAGCUGAUGAAGGUCGACCUGGUAUUGUUAGCAGUAUAAUUCAAACCGUCACCGAUACCUUAGGCCAGGCUAGGGAUGCUGUCACCGGGAAAACCCAUGACGCGACGGAGAAGGCAUCGGAGAUUAGUGGAGGGGCUGCUGAGAGAGGGAGGAGGACUGGCGAGGAAACAAAAGAGAAGGCUGGAGAAUACAAAGACUAUGCAGCACAGAGAACAAAGGAAUCUGCAAAUGCUACAACAGAGAAGGCAAAAAAAGGAAAGGAUGCAACAAUGGAGAAGGGAAGACAGGCCGCUGAGAAGACGGGAGAGUACAAAAACUAUGCGGCAGAGAAGACGAGGGAAGCCAAGGAUACAACGGUGGACAAGGCCGGAGAGUAUAAGGACUAUGCAGCGCAGAAAGCUAAGGAAGCUGCGGAUGCUACAGCAGAGAAGGCGAAAGAAGGUAAGGAUGUAACAAUGGAGAAGGCCGGAGAAUACAAGGAUUAUGCGGCGGAGAAGGGAAGACAAGUCGCCGAUAAGGGAGGAGAAUACAAAGACUACGCAGCACAGAAGACGAGGGAAGCUAUGGAUACAACAAUGGACAAAGCUGGAGAGUAUAAGGACUAUGCAGCGCAGAAGGCAAAGGAAGCCAAAGACACGACAAUGGAGAAGACAGGAGAGUACAAGGAUUACGCAGCGCAGAAGGGGAGGGAAGCGUCUAACAAGGGCGUAGAAUACAAAGACUACACUGCACAGAAAACGAAGGAGACGGCGGACGUCACGGCGGAGAAGGCAAAAGAAGCUAAAGAUACGACUAUGGAGAAACUAGGAGAGUACAAGGACUAUACUGCACAGAAAACAAAGGAGGCUGCCGAUUACACUGCAGAUAAAGCUAUAGCCGCUAAAGAUUACACAUUGGACAAGGCGGUGGCAGCGAAGGAUUACACAGUCGAUAAGGCGGUUGCUGCCAAAGAUUACGCCGCGGAGAAGGCAAAAGCAGCCAAGGAUACGACGGUGGAUAAAAUGGGGGAGUAUAAAGAUUAUGCUGCUCAAAAAGCAGCUGAAGCCAAGGAUUACACCGUCGAUACGGCGGUGGCCACUAAGGAUUACACCGUGGACAGGGCGGCGGCCACCAAAGAUUACACCCUCGACAAGGCGGCUGCCACCCGAGACUACACGGCGGAGAAGGCGAAAGCAGCCAAGGAUGCGACGGUGGAUAAAGUGGGGGAGUACAAAGAUUAUGCUGCUCAAAAAGCUGCUGAAGCCAAGGAUUACACCGUCGAUACGGCGGCUGCCACCAAGGAUUACACCGUCGACAAGGCGGCGGCAACCAAGGACUACACCGUCAACAAGGCGGCGGCUACUCGAGACUACACGGCGGAGAAGGCAACAGAAGGGAAGAAUGUAACUGUGGGGAAGGCGACGGAGUUGAAAGACGCCGCCGCUGAUGCUGCCAGGAAAGCCAUGGAUUUAUUGACCGGAAAGAGAGAGGAGACCAAGGAGAAGUUUUCUGAAACCGGUCACGCCACAAAGGAAAUGUUUGAUGAUCAAACUAAGGAGGAUGCAAGGAAGCGAAUGGAGUCGAUGAACCUGAAAGAGCAUGGUGGAGAUGAUACGGUGGAGGUGAUGGAGGUGGAAGUGGAGGAUAUCUCGCCGUUGGGAACAGGGUUGCUGGCAGCGAUGGACGUGGAGGACACCCCAUUGGGUACGAGGGGGGGAGGUACUCGCGCAAGUCCGGUGACGGAUGCAAGGAGAUGA